AUGCUAAUGCAACUAUGCUUUUAUGCUAAUUUCCAUCCUCCUUCCCACAGUGUUGAAGCAUUGGUGAAACUUGCAACCAAACGGAUCACGGUCAUAGCCGAAGCGAUCAUUUCAUCAUUUGAAGCUGUGUCUACGAUCAAGGCUGGAUCCAUUAAUCUCGAGACGGGUGAACCAGUACGCCAAAGCGACAUUGCCGAAUCGCAUUAUUUCUUGCUUUGUUUGCUAUCAGCAUGUCUUGAGCAGUGGCGAUGUUCUCAAAAGGAAUUCUUGGUGAAUGACUAUCCAUCAAGGCAACAACAACGAUCAUCAUCAUCGACGACUCUACAGCAGGAGAAACUCCCUGACACUAUCACCAAUAUCAUCUUGAACAACAUCAUGCCCCAUUUACGGCAUUAUCCUCGUAUGGCAACAGCCAUCAACCGAGCAUCGCAACAUCGUGUCUCACGCCUUAUCUGCAACAAAGAUGCUUCACCUCGUUGGCGAUUCAUUGAUACCUACAAUUGCCCAUUUGUCAGUGAGCAUUGUACAACAGAUCCUAUUCUUGUGGUCAAGACCUACAUCAUGUACAACAACAUCAUCUUUCUCGUCAGCGCUGCAAAUUGGAAAGUGACGUUCAACAAGAUUGUAGCGGGUCUUGAGUUGCUUACUCGUCGAACGAGUGGCUCCUCGGAUGAAUGGCAUCACCUAGGCGACGUGAGGAUACUUGAAUAUUGUGCAUUGAAUCAAUCUCGACUUAGCAACAUCUUAUCAGCAUUGAAUCAAACCAUGAUGAGAAUGAAGCCAGCUUUUCAACGCAUGGUGAGCGUCACGGCCUAUCAUGCAAUCUGGGAAUGGAUGGACAUGUUUCCUAUGGAAUUCGCCAAUUUAUACAUUCGACGACAGCCACCUCGUGGGGAUCCUGACAAGCUAUUCAUGCAUUUAUAUGGUGGAUCAAGGAAGAAUCUGGUGCUAUGGCCUUUUCUCACGGCGCUUAUAUUACUAUGUCCCAACAUGUUGUCAGAAUCAUUACAACUCUCCAAUCCCAUGGCAUCUCUACGCACACAAAAAGCCAUUUCAGGGUUUCUUUGCACGUUGAAGGAGAGGAAUCAACAAUUGGAUGAUGGGCAUUUGGAUAUUGGCAUUGUAUGCACACUUGACAUUUGCAAAGCGGCAGGGAUGCUACAUGGUCGAUGUGAAACAAGGAUCCUUCAUCAAAUUGCCAUGAAGGGCAAAAGUGAAUUACGAGCAAAGCUGUUCAACUUGGAGAAUCCCAUCCUGGCUGAUUUCUAUAGUCUAGCCGGUGAUGGUCAAGGUGCCAAUAUCUAUAUUGACGUGCAUUUCCUCUUGGUGGAUUGCUUCAUUACGCUUUUCUUGUUGAAUCCCCGCUAUACCAUCUAUGAUCUAUUCCCUGUGUGUGUGCAUGAAGAGGCGCCCUUAAUAUACAAGUCCAGCUUGGUGCGUUCAUUACGUUUCAUUACCGAUUUUUAUGCCGAGUUCCCAAGUGAUACACCCAACGAAGUUUGGAAACCUGGAUCCCCUUUUUUCUACAACCUUGUAUGCACCCCUUUGAGAAAGCUGUUUCUUGCAUGUACAGCGGUAGAAGCACGUCCACCACCCACUCUCGAAAGGGCUGAAAGUACUGGGUCAUCGAUUCUAUCGGGGGAAUCAGGUUCAAAAAUGCGUGGAUUGUUGGCCAAAAGAUCAGAACGUUUGUUCACGGUUUCAGAGUUGCUAUUAUUGUAUUCAGCAGACCCUUUGCUCAUGGUUAUGGGAAGUGAUCGAGAUCGAGCAGAACAAAACUUGGAUAUCGUUACUGCUGUGACACAGUGCUUACAGGAGAGCAACAUGGAAAUUGUGCGCGCUGCCAGCUUUUGCAUUCAUCGUAUCCAUAAAGCAAAGUACAUUCCCUAUUGGGGCCCAGAAGAUGCUUAUAUGGAGUACUUUUGGAACAUGACAUCGCAUAUCGUCCUCACGGUGGCAAAGAUACUUUUGGAUAAGCAGCUUGAGCAAAGCCGUGAGAUCAAUCAAAUCUUGGUUGUUUUACAAGAAAUCUAUCAUGAAAGGAACACCUUCCUCACGUCAAUGGAUCAGGAAUCAGCUCUCAAGGGAUGGAAUUCGUCUGAUUAUUUACAAGCUACAAUUGGGUUGGAAGUGGCGCUCAUGGUGCUUCUAUGUUCUCCAGACCAAGAAGUCCUGAACAAGACCUUUCAAUGUUUUGGUCUUUUAUGCGUUGAAGUGGAGCAUCUAUUUUACAAUGAGAAUGGGAGGACGUACGAAGGCAGUAAGAACGCAGCCUCGCUUUUAUUGGAAAACUACCCCGUAUACAAAGAGAUGUCGAAGUUGCAUAAUGCUGGGAUUGUGGCGGGUCGCAAGAUGUACCAGAAACGCAUUUGGAGACUUUUACGAAUGAUGCCGCAUGAUGCACCAGGGCACCUUGUAGCGUGGAAAGAAGUAUGGAAACGGUGGAAGCGGUUGAAUGCAUUCAUGAUACGAUCAGCAUCACCAGCGAGUCCUGGUGGACUUCCAUCUCCUGGCAGUGGCAGCAAUAGCACUUCAUCACAUACCCGUUCACUUUCUGGAUCGAGUACGAAGCUUGCACCUGUUCCCAACACCAGCAUGUUGCAAGAAGGCGAAUGUGGCGGCAAACCACUCUCACCUGGAUGGGGUCAGCAAGUGGGUCGAUACACUGAAUGGCAUAAUUAUUCUGGUUUCCUUGCAUCGCUUGCUGGUGUGUGCUCAAUGCAACCGGAUUCGGAGCAUGUGGAUGAAUUGGCAGGGCAAGCAAGCCAAUUUCUUAGUGAAAUGGUGCGUUUACUCUCAUCACAGGAUGCAUUUAUACGUGAACGAAGCAAGGAUGUCCUUAGCACAGAAUUAUCGCCCGCCAUGCGAUCCGCUUUAUUACGCCAUUUGGAACAUACUAUUUCGCAUUGUGCUGUAGCAUCCAGAGGCAAUGAUUGCAUGUUGGCGGUCGAGCACACCAUCAUCAUCCUCACCACCUUUCUCGAAAAUGUACAAGAUGAGCCAACAAGCGUUUCAGCAUUGUCAUCCAUGCACUUUAGUGAUUUGAUUGAUCAAUGUGCGACAUACCUCUUUUGCAAAGCUGGUGGCCAAAACAGCACACAUACUGGAAUCAACAUACCACGCAUGAGAUUACGCUUUGCUCGGCUUUGUGAAGUGAUCAUGAUUACUCGUAAAAAGCAUCCAUUCAUCACAUUGCAUGGCGAGUUCAAGCUACGUACCAAAUUACUUGAGAUUAUCAUUGAAUGGACCAGCAGUUUUGGGGCUCUCAUGAAAGGAGAGACGCUUGUUCUAAGCCCUGGAGGUACAAGUGGCAAAAUGACGGAUACCAAUACUGCUACGCGAGCCACAUCGCCUGCUGCUGCUGCAUCACCAAGAGGAGACGAAAGCCAUAUCUAUCGAGAGCUUGAACACCAAUGCAUCCGAGCUAUGACAUUGUUAUUGGAAAAGCUCCCACUUCAGCCAACAGAUUUUCAUUUGGUGCGUGAUCUUACUUAUGAUGAUGGGAACAGCGCCGAGCAGCUUCGAUUUCGCUUGUUUUCAAGAUACUUCAAAUACUUUAUGCAUCUUCUCUUGCACUGCAUCAUAUCAUUGAAUAGCUGGAAAAUCAGCACAGGAUCCGAUAUCGAGAACGCGUUCAAUUGUGAUACUGAUGAAUUCGGUGGCCCUUGCUUUGCUAUUCUUUUCUCAUCCAUCAAUGUCCAGAAAUGCAUAGAGCGACCUAUCCAUCCACCUGAAUUUGCAGACCUUAUUCGAGGCCAUACGAUUGCUGGAUUAGCCAAUCUUAUCGGUGCCAAUGUCAGUGUUGGACUCAAGCAAGCACUACCCAUGAUGUAUUGCCGUAUCCAUGGUGUAAGGACAGCCUUCUUGGAGAUCUUUGCAACGGCUUUGAAACGAGGAGCUAGCUUUGAGGGAUUAUCAGAUACCAUCGAAGUUGAAAGAUACAAUGAGCUGUUGGAUAUCAUUACGGAUGAACAAGAUGAUUUUGCUAUUGCCAUGCUCAUGUCCACCUCAUGUCCUGCACCAAAAAUUGAUAUCAUUGCGAAUGGCCUUCUUGCUUGUCUUGGCACUCGAGGAAAGAUCACCGAGUUUAUCAAAGUUCUCAUCACAAAAGAGGUCCAAAAUACGGAUGUGGAGGCACAGCUUUUUCGACAUACAUCGGUUGCCACGCACUUUUUAUCGGGUGUUGCUAAGCGAUGCGGCACUGAAUAUAUCCAAGAGAUUCUUUAUCCAGUAUUUCGAGCAUUGAACAAUGAGGAGCUUCCACCUGGCACAUCAUUUGAGUUGAAUCCAUCACGAUUGAAACCCGAAGAAGAUAUCGAAGCUAACCGAGAAAACGUUGCCAAGCUCACUGACAAGUUGUUGAGUGCGAUUUGUGAAUCGGCUGAUGCAGCUCCUGCCAUGAUACGAGAGAUCUGCUACAAUAUCAGUGAAUGUACAAGCGAACGAUUUCCAGAGGCACGUUAUACGGCUGUGGGAGCCUUUAUCUUCCUUCGUUUCUUUUGCCCUGCUAUUGUAUCUCCUGAAUCGAUUGGGAUCAAGGUGAACAUGAAUCCAAAUCUGCAUCGUGGACUAUUGCUUGCCGGCAAAAUCGCUCAAAAUCUCGCCAACAAUGUACUUUUCGGUGUCAAAGAGGCAUUCAUGAUCCCACUCAAUGAUUUUGUCACGUGCAACAGCUAUCGUGUCAUUUGCUUUAUGCGAGAUGUAUCCAUGAAACCCAACUGCCGGCAGGUGGAAUAUGAAGUCCCUAUGGAGAACGAAGAUUACGCCUUGAUGCAUCACAUGAUGCUUGAUAGCAUUGACCCUAUGGCCCAAGCGCUUUGGAAUUCUUGGUACACCCAAGGCAUCACCACCGCACGUUCAAGUAAUGAGACCCUUGCAGCCGAUUAUCGAAUCAGACAAAAAUUUGAUCGCAUGACCGAUUUGCUUGCUCAUCUCGGCAUCCCACCUGAUGUUCGCAGCCAGCACCAAGACUACUAUCUCCAUGGAAGACCCUUAAAGUAUGCUAGCAUUCAGUAUUCGGAUUUCAUGCGACGCAACAGUGGAUGUGAUAUGAAAGAUAUCAUACAGCGAUCAGCAUUUUAUGCAAGUGGACGUUCUAAAGCAGGCAGGCCCGUGGUGUAUUUUAUUCUACGCAGGCUACGAUUGCAAGAAAGAGAUUAUGAGCCAACACUAUAUUACCUUCUCAAGAUUUUGGAACGCGUGUCGAUAGAACCUUUCGAGAUCUUGAUCGAUUAUACGCUAUUCAGUGAGAGCAAUUGGUCUGCAGAUCGUAGCUGGUUUACGCAAUUGAUCCUUUUGACACCUUAUGAGAUCUACAAGAACAUCUCUGCCAUCUAUGGAUACAACCCUAAUUCAGCACUCUGCGCCUAUAUGAAAAAGGAGAUGAUCACGCCUGUCAAGCGAUUCGUUCAAAACAUCAUCUUUGUGACAAGUAUCUCGAGUUUACAUGCUUACAUCUAUCCCUCGGAGCUCAGCCUUCCUAAGCUUGGUGAAAUAUUGGAAGAGCCACCUUUGGUUCAUUUACGAUCCGUGUAUCGUAUCAAUUCGGCCGGCAAACGGAUCCCUGUGAGUGUCAAGCUCGGCCAGCAUUAUGUACAGAUUGCUACCAGCAAAAAGCAAAAGAUCAUUGAAGGUGCAAGCUCUGUGCUUGUGGACGUUUUUGCCAUUGCCGAUAUUGAAGACAUAUUCCUGGGUCUGACGGCAGAUGCGGAAACGGAUUUUCGUUUUCGAACAAAGAACAAAUCAACGCCUAUCAUGUGCUCGACAACAUCGGCCACUGAGGCAUCUCGUUUUGUAUUCGUACUCAAGAAUAUGAAAAGCCGUAGUCAGCCUUCGAGUGAAGAACAAAAAUCGGCCACGGAUAUGAACAUGAAUCGCCCCAUUCUUCCUGAUGACGUCCCUGGCAUAUUUCUCAACAUUGCUCUUUUAAAUAUGGGGAUGAAGGAUCCAGAGCUACGUAUUGCAGCCUAUCACUUUUUGUGCUCGUUGGGUUACGCGUUUCGAUUCGAGAUCACAAAUCAGCUCAUUGAUGCAAAAGAAGUCUGCAUCCCUGAAAAUGAUGAUACCAUGAUCAAGAUUUUGAGCACCAAGCUUGCCAUGACAGAGCCCCAGCUCACCAUUGAUGUCUUUCGGGAAUGGUUUGUGGGUUUCAAAAAAUCGCCAUCAGCUCGCUAUCUCUGCAUCAGCUACAUUUUGCCUUGGUUCGACAACCUUGCGAUGAUAUGCCAUAGAGGCGAUGAUUAUCAUGUGCUGUUCAAAGUGAAGGAGAUUCUUGGCAUGUUUACCGAGCUCACGUAUGCAUCCGAUAACAAUAUUCGUCGGCUCUUGCAAAACAAGGUUUGGAAAACGAUUUCGGAGCUCGUUGUGGAAGGCAAUUAUUUGAUCGAUCUUGCAUUGGAUACAAUCAUCAGCUAUGCUGAAGUACAUGGUGGGAUUGGCGUACCGCAUACGGAUGUGAUGGCGGAUGUGAUUGUUGCCAUGUUCAAUACCACUAUUUGCAACAAGUUAAUCACACGACUCAACAAGUUGGUGACCAAGACAGCCUUCAAUUGGACAUCUUCUCUUAUCAACCAUCCUCAUUGGCGAGAUAUCAUGAUCAUUGUGCGAUUUCUCCUCAUGGGCACAUUCGAUUACAGAGGGCCUGUUCGCAACUUUGUGCCUGAAAUCACCCACAUUUUGGCCUUGAUCGUUGGCGUUGGAUCCACUUUGGAGAGGGAGACUGUGCACAGCUUGAUGGUCAAUAUGAAACAUGCACUUUGUGUAUCAGAACCAUUGUAUCCAGAAACAAUCGAAAGCAUGCAUCAUCGCUUAGAAUUGACGGCAGCCCGCAAAACACGCUUGCUCUAUGGCCUCACCAAAGAACGUGACGCCUUCUCUGUCAAUUUGGAAACAACCACUGAUAGCACGGACUCCGUACCAUUGAUUGCAGUCGAACGUGUAGUCAACAACUUGAUGAUCGGCACAAGGACCGUGGCACCCACUGCAGACAUUGCCAAUGCAUGGCGUUCACGUUGGCUUAGUUUGGCUACAAGCGUUGCAUUCCAACUCAAUCCUGCAAUACAGCCACGCGCGUUUAUUGAGAUUGGUUGUUUGGCCCAAGAAGGGGUGGAUGAUGACCUUUUAUACCAGAUUUUGGUCGCUUUGGACUCUGCUUUAUGUGCCAGCCAAAGGACGGUGGUAUUGGGAAUCGUCAUGUGUUUACGAAAUAUGGUGUCGAGUUUACCAAAGCACUCUCGUUAUCUUGUGCCACUUUUCUGGAUUGCUAUUGCAUUGAUACAGCUUGGUGAUGAAUCACUUUUUCCUUAUGCAUUGGAGCUUGCCAUAUCAGUUGUGAGGACAUUGAACGAUCGACAUUUAUUUCGAGGUACAAGAACUACAGCAAAUCUCUUGUUGGACGCACGACGUGGAUGGGCAGAUGAUCUUGGCAAACGUUUUGACCAGCUUUCGGGGGUCAACUUUGAAAAGUAUUUUUCAUUUGCUAUUGUUGCCUUGUUGCUGCAUCAUGGCAUGAACGACGUUGAACUACGAAGCGAGAGUUAUGCUGCCAUUGAAGAACUAUUAUCACUUGAGCUGAAGCUGGCAAAUCAUGCCAAUGCAAUCGAACAGGCGGCGGAGGGGAAGGAGAAGGAUAAAAAGCAGCAGCAGCAGCAACAACCAUCAAAGAGCAGCAAUAAUGAUGAAGAUUACCAAGUACUCGGCUAUGUUGCUGGAGUCUCUAUAAGGAAUCCUGGGGCUGUGAAUAUGGAUGAUGUGAUUCGACAAGAUCAAGGGAUUCAGGUACUGUUCCUGACAUUGCUUGCAUAUCAAGUGAAUGCGUUGGAGGAAGCCGAUGUUGCCAGGAUCAGCUUGUAUUCUACAUUUUCCGAAGCAGCAAGACUUAUACCGAAAUCAUUUUCAAUCAUGUACGACUCGCUUGUGCCUAAAAUGAACAAGGCCGUAUAUACAUCAUCCGAUCCGGAAAUGCUGAAAUCCAUCGAGUCGAUUAUUGUGGUGGCAUGCUCCAAUCGUCAAAUUGAUGAGAGGAAAAGGAAUCAACGAACGCUCAAGCAUACAUUGGAUGAAAUGGGCUUUUGGGGGAUCUCCAACAAAAGGAGGAAACGAGAAGCCAUUAAUUAUACUGCACUAGCAUGCGAUGUGAUCAAAGCUACUAUUACAUGA